AUGGAGGAGGUUGGUCCUAAGCUUAUACUUGUGAGGGAGGAGGUACAAAAUGAAGAAGUUGAGGAGGAGAUGGAGUUGGGUGAAAAUGAGAAGGAAGAUAUUGUAAGAGAAGAUGAGGAUUUAUUGAAGUCCAAAGAACCAAAGAGGAAAAAUCCCCUUGAGGAGCCCACACCAAUACCUUUUCCAUCGGUGGCCAAGAAAGCUAAGAAGCAUGAGGAACUUGAUCCUAAUGUGGUGCAAAUUUUCAAGAAUGUGGAGGUCAUUGUUCCCCUUUUUCAAGCCAUCCAACAAGUUCCGAAAUACGCCAAAUUCUUAAAGGAUGUUUGUACUCACAAGGAGAAAAUUGGUGAGUUAGGGAAGAGUCCGGUGAGCAAUUCUAUCUCUUCUCUCAUUCAGGAAAAGUAUAGUAAUCCUGGUCCUUGUUUGGUAACUUGUGUGAUUGGUGGAAUGAAAUUCAUGGAUUGUAUGUGUGACUUGGGAGCGUGUGUGAGUAUCAUGCCGCUUUCCAUCUAUAAGAAGUUGAACUUGGUACCAUUAAAGCGGUCCGGAGCUAGAUUUGUGUUGGCGGAUAAGAGCAAAGUAUCGGUUGUGGGUAUUGCAGAAAAUGUGUUGGUGAACAUUCAAGAAUUGUUAUUUCCGAUGGACUUCCAUAUCUUGGAAACACCUCCAAUUGACUCGGAUAAGCCAUCUUCCAUCCUACUUGGAAGACUAUUCUUGAAGACAUCCUGGUUUAAGUUACAUGCAUUUUCGGGAGCUUAUGCGUUUGAAGCCGAAGGAAAAGCGGUAAAGUUCAUGUUGGAUGGAACCAUGAAAUAA